AUGCAGACUCGCUGCUUGAUAACCCACUACCCCUCAACACUUGGUGGUUCGGAACGGCACUUAAUGUGGCAGACCCUCCGCGCGAACGGAAGCUCAGUGGAUGUGAGCCAGAAAGAAGCCAGUGUGCAGGUCUUCAGCGACUUGAUCAGCUCCCUUCAGAGAAACCAGGCGGAGCUUGUUGAGGUGAUUGAGGAGAGGUACAGAGCAACAAAGCAGAAGGCUGACGGCUUUCUCACAGAUCUGAGGAUGGAAGUUGCUGAUCUCCAGAGCAGGAGCAGCCAGCUGGUGCAGCUGUCACAGUCUGAGGAUCACCAUCAGUGUGUUCAGACUUUCCAAACCCUGUGCUCUCCUUUAAACAAGCACUGGACCAACGUCGGUGUCCACUGCCAUCUGUCCUUCCAGGCAGUGAGAGGUACUGUGGGUCUGCUGAAACAGAAGGCUGAUCAGAUCGUGGAGGAGCUUCAAAAUGAGAUCAAGAUGAAAAGAAUGAGAGAACAUGCAGUGGACUUGAACUUUGACCCUGACACAGCACAUUGCUCACUGAUCAUAAGCCAGGAUGGGAAACAGGUGGCAGAUGCAGGAACAGAGCAGAUUCUUCCCUCCAAUCCAAAGAGAUUUGAAAUGUAUCCAGAAGCUUUGUCAAAGGAGGGGUUUACAGCAGGGAAGUUUUACUAUGAGGUGCAAGUGAAGGGACAAACUGAGUGGAUUGUUGGAGUGGUGAGAGAGUCCUAUGAAAGAAAGAAGGCCAUAAGUAUGUCAGUAGAAGAUGGUGGCUGGGCCAUUGAGCUUCAUAAUGGAUCAUACAGUGCAUUAACAUCACCAAUAGUUAAAAUGACACUGAAAGAAGAGCUUCAGAAGGUGGGCGUCUUUGUGGACUAUGAUCAGGGAGUGGUUUCUUUCUACGACGUGAACUCUAAAUCACAAAUACAUUCUUAUUCCGGCUUCCACUUUACAGAGAAAAUGUAUCCAUACUACAUUUACAAAAACAACAAUGGAACAAACUCUGCUCCUCUCAUCAUAACCCCUGUACUGCAAACAGACUGAGUUCAUUACUUCUUUAAAGACCACAUAAAGCACUGGUCUCAAAUCAGUUAACAUCUCUUUAUUAUCU